CCUGAAUAGGUGCUGGAGCUGGCGGCCGCGGAAUCCGUGAGCGCAGCGGAGGCGGGGCUUGGCGGGCCCCUCCUUCCCCCGCACCCAAGCUCCCAGGGUCGGGAGGGGGGUCUCGGUGUCCGGGACUGCUUGUCUCGGACACCGAGACCACUGUGGGGAGGGGCCCUGGACGCCCGGGUCAGAGGCAGGGGCAGGUCCAGGACACUGGGGUCUGGUCCCGAGUAAAGGAGGCCCCACCGCCCCCUGGGUUCCCCAAGGCAGCUUCAGUUUGCCUUCGCAAGUAAACGGGGCCAGGCCCUUCCCUUUGGCCCCGGAGUGUUUGAAGUGUGGUCCUAUUCUGGUCCUAAUGCACUCCUCUUCGUGGCCUCCUUUCAAACGCCGCCUGUCUGUCGCCAUGCUGUCCCUGUUCCUGUGCCGGUUGUGGCCCCGCAGCCCUCCCACCCGGCUCUUCUCAGCGGCCACCGGGCAGCGGUCUGGCCCCAGGAACUACUAUGAACUGUUAGGGGUGCAUCCUGGUGCCAGCACUGAAGAAGUUAAGCGAGCUUUCUUCUCCAAGUCCAAAGAGGGCCAUGGAAAAAGAGCUGAAGAGAGUCCUGCCCCACCCCAGCUGCACCCUGACCGGGACCCUGGGAAUCCAGCCCUGCAUAGCCGCUUUGUGGAGCUGAGCGAAGCGUACCAAGUGCUCAGCCGAGAGCACAGCCGCCGCGGCUAUGACCGCCAGCUCUGCUCAUCAGCUCCUCCCAAGUCUCCAGGAGCCACAGCGCAUCCCGGGUCUGCUCACGCAGCACGCAGCAGCUCCUGGGAACCUCCCAAUGCACAGUACUGGGCCCAGUUUCAUGGUGUGAGGCCUCAGGGACCGGAGUUGAGGCAGCAGCAGCACAAACACAACCAGCGGGUGCUGGGGUACUGCGUCCUGAUCAUGCUGGCGGGCAUGGGCCUGCACUAUGUGGCCUUCAGGAAGCUGGAGCAGAUGCACCGGAGCUUCAUGGAUGAAAAGGAUCGCAUCAUUACAGCCAUCUACAAUGACACACGGGCUCGCGCCAGGGCCAACAGAGCGAGGCUCCAGGAGAAUCUGCAGAGGCGGCAGCUGCAGCCACCACCUGGAGACCCAGGGAUCCCGACUCCGGACACAGGCACCCGCCCAUGAGCGGCUCACUUGGAUGGGGGCUGCCCUGUGUUCCCUCCUUGCUACCCCGCGGGUCUUCCCACUCCCCAAAACGCGUGCAAUAAAGUGCUUCUCAGAGCU